GUUUGGAGCAAGUCGUGGAGGUCCUCUUCCUCCAAAGAAAUUUGGUAAUCCAGGGGAACGUUUACGUAAGAAAAAAUGGGAUUUAAAUGAACUGCCCAAGUUUGAGAAGAAUUUUUAUGUGGAACAUCCGGAAGUGGCCAGACUUACUCCGUACGAAGUUGAAGAGUUGCGAAGAAAGAAAGAGAUAACAAUUCGAGGAAUGGAGGGCUGCCCUAAGCCUGUGUUUGCCUUCCACCAGUGUAGCUUUCCGCAGUAUGUGAUGGAUGCCUUGAUGGACCAGAACUUCACAGAACCCACUCCAAUUCAGUGCCAAGGCUUUCCGCUAGCCCUCAGUGGUCGUGAUAUGGUGGGCAUUGCGCAGACUGGCUCUGGGAAGACACUAGCGUACUUGUUGCCUGCGAUUGUUCACAUCAACCACCAGCCGUACUUGGAGAGAGGGGAUGGCCCAAUUUGUCUGGUUCUAGCACCUACGAGAGAGUUGGCCCAGCAGGUGCAGCAGGUGGCUGAUGAUUAUGGCAAAUGUUCAAGACUGAAGAGUACCUGCAUAUAUGGAGGAGCACCCAAAGGUCCACAAAUCAGAGAUCUAGAAAGAGGUGUGGAGAUCUGCAUUGCUACACCAGGUCGCUUGAUUGACUUCCUUGAGGCAGGAAAGACCAACCUUCGUCGGUGUACGUACCUGGUGCUCGAUGAAGCAGACAGGAUGUUGGACAUGGGAUUUGAACCCCAAAUCCGUAAAAUUGUUGACCAGAUAAGGCCUGACAGACAGACUCUGAUGUGGAGUGCCACAUGGCCAAAAGAAGUGCGCCAGCUUGCCGAGGACUUCCUGCAGGACUAUGUUCAGAUCAACGUGGGAAACCUGGAGCUGAGUGCCAACCACAAUAUCCUGCAGAUAGUGGAUGUGUGCAUGGAGAGUGAGAAAGACCAUAAACUGAUACAACUGAUGGAAGAAAUCAUGGCAGAGAAGGAAAACAAGACUAUCAUCUUUGUGGAGACAAAGAGGCGAUGUGAUGAUCUCACUCGAAGGAUGCGCAGAGAUGGUUGGCCAGCUAUGUGUAUCCAUGGAGACAAGAGUCAGCCAGAAAGAGAUUGGGUGCUUAAUGAGUUUCGUUCUGGAAAGGCUCCUAUCCUCAUUGCUACCGACGUUGCAUCUCGUGGGCUAGACGUGGAAGACGUUAAAUUUGUGAUAAACUACGACUAUCCGAACAGCUCUGAAGAUUACGUGCACCGCAUUGGCCGUACUGCGCGUAGUACCAACAAAGGUACUGCCUACACCUUCUUUACACCAGGAAACCUGAAACAAGCCAGGGAGCUUAUCAAAGUGCUGGAAGAGGCCAAUCAAGCCAUCAAUCCAAAGCUGAUGCAGCUUGUGGACCACAGAGGAGGAGGAGGUGGUGGUGGAGGAGGUCGCUCUCGUUACCGAACGAGCAGUUCAGUAAACAACCCUAACCUGAUGUACCAGGAAGAGUGUGACAGGAGGCUCCGGGGAGUGAAAGAGGGCCGGAGAGACUCAGGUGGCUUCAGAGACCGUGAGCGUGGUGACAGUUAUGCCAACGGAGCCAACAAGACCUAUGGCAGUGCCUACGGGAGCCCAAAUUCCGCUUUCGGGGCGGCACAGAGCCAGUAUGGUUACGCUCAGGGGAGCUAUGGAGCA